CCCGCCCACCCCGCAGCCAUGGCCGCCGCCUGCUGAAAAACAAGUGCGCAGGAGAACGACGCGUCAGAGGGGGGCUCUUCACGGAGCAGUAAACAACAACUACCGAAGUGAAACAGCAGCUCUUAUCCUUCACCAGCCAACAUGACAGCAACUGUUAUAUAUCCUUUCCUGGAAUACGGAGAAGGCGCCAGCAAGGACAAUAAGAUGUUAAAAUACAGCAACAACAAUAGUCUUGGUGGAAAUCCGCUGACGCCUGCCACAUGCUCCAGUGCCAACCACUCCUGCAACCCCAUUGAGUUUCUGCUGGACAGGAAGGUGGUGGAGGCCCCCUCUCCAGUAGGCCUUUUCCAGCGCCGUCACUCAGUCAGCCUCCCCAGUACGAAGUUCAUUCAGAAUCAGUUUGUCAACAGCCUUAACAUGGAUCCUUCAGUGUUGCUCGGUAACAGCUGCAGUGUCAACAACAAGGAGAACCAUUUUCGUGAGCGCUCUUACUCAGAGCUAGGGGACAGGCUGCGGCCAGGUAAUCAAGUGUGUGUGGGGGUAAAUAGCCAAGUCAACCCUAGCCGUUAUAAAACAGAGUUGUGCCGACCCUUUGAGGAGAACGGCUCCUGCAAGUAUGGAGAUAAGUGCCAAUUUGCCCAUGGCUUGCAUGAGCUGCGCAGCCUCAGCCGUCACCCAAAGUAUAAGACUGAGCUGUGCCGCACCUUCCACACAAUUGGUUUCUGCCCAUACGGCCCUCGCUGCCAUUUUAUUCACAAUGCAGAGGAGCGCCGUGGGCCCCCUCCCCUCUCUGUCUUCAACAAGAUGGUGCGCCCUCGGCUGCAACACAGCUUCAGCUUCGCUGGCUUCCCCAGCUCAGGCGGCCUGGAUGAUAACCCUACCUCAGUCACUCCUCCACCAGUGUUCUCCACUGAAGACCUGACGGCGUUGCAGAGCAAGCCCUUCACCUACUCAAGCCAGGAGCUUACCAGCCUCUUUGGCCAGAGCUUGGAGCACCCACUUCCAUGCAAGCAUCAAGGUCUGGUCCCCUCUUCCCCAACCACUCCUUGCUGUUUUCAACCCACAUCAGAGAGCCCCUCCAUUCCCCCAGACUCUCUGUCGGACCAAGAGGGGUACCAGAGCAGCAUGGGCAGCCAGAGUGGCUCUGAGUCCCCCCUCCUGGAUGCCUCUCGUCGUCUCCCCAUCUUCAGCAGGCUUUCAAUCUCUGAUGAUUAAGGUGGACCCCGGCAUUGUUUGACCUGAGGGAGAGCAGGAGGGAAGGAGAUGAUUGAGACCACCAACUUCAAUAACUCUGAACGUACAGGCCCUGCAUUGGAGGCCAUGAUUAAGUAAAUGUGAAUGAUUUUGAGUAGAAGCUCAGAGGUCACACUAUAAAGUAGGUUAAUGACUUGUUGGUGCAGUCAGAGUGGCAGUGGGGGCAGUUUGUGUGUUCAUUGUACAGUGGAGGGUUAUUACCUGUGCUGCAAUCUUUACACCUCCAGGCUUAUCAUAGCUCAGUGUUCAACUUUUAAAUGAUAGUUACCACAAAGUGAACCAGAGAAUGUUUCUUAAUUCGACUUCUCUUCUGGUUGUGUCCAGCUUCCUGUUCCUUGCCAUGUAAUUGUUUAUUUUGUGAAGCCGACUUGGAUUAUGUGUUUCACUGAGCUGGUGGUCAGUUAUUUUUUUCUAGGGGUUGUGAGUUUUUCCAACAGGAUUCAAUAGAGUUUCACUCAAAUUACAAGAAAUAUUCUUUCACUUCCCUUUAUUAACUUGUAUAGUCAAGCUUUUCCUUUUCCAGUCCCUUAAGAUUUCAGCCUCCAUCCAAAAACAUUGACUGUCGGUGGAAUUUAGUUUAUAUUUAAUGAGUUUAAAUAGAUUUGCUUUAGAUCAACAUCAGCAUAUCUGAACUAGUAUCUCUGGAUCACCCACAGAAAACACUGGGGGCUGUUUUCGCAGUCUUUCUGUAAAAAGUAUUUCUAUUGACUGCUGUUGUCACUGAAGUCUGUCUGGAAAAAGACAACACUUUGGCUAGGGAGGAGGUAAGAAAGAUAAUGUCUUUUCUUUGGUAGUUUGGGUAACCUGACCAGAUUCCUGCUAUUAAUUUGUACUUCAGAGUCUUUAGAGUUCAAACUCUGCUACAAAGUUAAUAUCAUUAAACCCUAAAUAGUUCAGCUGCUUAUCCUUUUCAAUCCCAGACCUUUCCAACCCCCCUCAGAUCAAUUCUGUGUCUGAGGUGAUAUGUUAGACAGCUGUCUGAAAUCAGGUGAACCUGAACUCUUCUGUUGAUUCCACCAUAUUCAAUUAUUAUGAUUAUUAAUAUUAUGGUCAUGUUAUUUUCUAGUUUGUUUCUCAGAAUCUUUAGUGUUGGGGCUCUGGUCAUCACUGCUUAUUUAUCAAAAUGUAUUUAUUGCUGAUCUUAAGCAUUUUUUUUAUUUUGUAUUUAUCUGGUUAAUUAAACUAUAGAAUAUAUAUUUUCUUCUAUGUUAAAUUAUGAUCUUCCGUAUUAAUCACAGGAUGACUGUUUAUUUUUAUUCACAGUUAAUAUAUCAUUCUGCAAUGAUGUUUUUUGUAACACUUGAUUUAUUUUGAACGUGAAUUUUAAUUUAAAACACAGGUUUAGCAUUUCUAUUUAUUUUGAGUUCCUUCCACAUGCACCAUCAGUUCGAGGUUCUUUUUGGCAAUCUGAAAGCACGGAUGCAUUGGAAGUGGCAAAGUUAAUGCCCCGCUGCAAGCUGUAUGCCUAACUACAAACUUUAUCUAUUCAUUAUAGGGGUAGAAAUCUUUUGCUGCCAUUAUCAAUUUCAAGUGAAGAGAGAAGCCAACACGGUAAUUACCAACUAAUUGAAUAACAAGGAUAGAGUCAUAGUUUCUGAUGGUCUGGACUAAGUGGUGGUGUUGGUUUUACAGGGUUUUUCCAGCCAACAUUCACAAUAUGUGCCUCUAUCACAGCUGCCAGAUACCGUGUGUGUAAAAGAUGGAGCGAAAAAAAUGAAGACCUUACUUUCUGACACGCUGUUAAUAGGUUGUGUGAGAGUUAAUACCUUAGGUGUAGUGUUAGGGGCUGGAGAAUGCAUUCUCAAUGAGCGUCUGAACAGCUAAUGUGAGUGUGUGUGUGUUGUUCUGCUGGCUCUGUGUCUGAUACCUGCACUCUGGAUUAGGAUUUGUGUUCAGUGAGGUAACUUCAGGUUUGACCCUUGGUAAAUCGUCAUGGUAAUUUAUGCUGCACAGCUACAUUGAGAUUACAGGUCAGCAUUUAUAUAAGCGUAGCAUGACCAAUCAGUUCUCUUGGAAAAUUUAGUGACUACACAUAGUGUUUUCAAGAAACUAUUUAUUUAUUUGACACGUAGGACUGCAGCUGAAAGAAUAAGACUAAAAACCGUAAAACGCAUCCCGUGAAUAGAUCUAAGCAAACACAUUAACUUAAUGGAAUACAAAAAUGUACUAAGACAGAUCUGCUGGUGCUGUAGUGAUGAACAAUAUUAACCUACACAGUCACACAGUCUUGUUUGUCUUAUGGCUACUGCUUUUUUCCCCCUUCAAUAUCUUAACACGCAGGGUGUAUUUUUGUCAGAGUACCUAAUGGCUCUGAGGUAUUAAAUUCACUCACUGUAUAUAAAUUUAUAUUUAUUAAAAUGAUUUUAAGGGCUAUCAGCCUCAUUCGGAAAUUGCACCAAGAAGUAUGGGGAUAUAAGUUGUGAACAGUAUAUUAAGUGGUUUUACCUCCCUCAUGAUAAGUAUACCACAGGAAAACGAUUUUCUAAGAGAAUCGGCACAACCAAUAUUGAACAUUAGGAUAUUCAGAAAUGAUGGUAUUCGUAUUGAUCUAAUGAUGUUGAUUGAAUUCACAGUGAGUCAUACACUUGGAAUAUUGGAACAGAACUAGAGUGUACAUAUCCCUUUACCAUCUUCUCUCUGCACUCAGCAAAAUUCCUAAUGUCAAGAUGGGAGUGUUGACCACCGUUUACAAUUAAUCCAGGCCUCUUAUCCCUCACCCUGCAGCAGUUCUGGGUAGAACUAGCAUAUCUAUCCUUUAGAUGGGUUCUGGAAUAGUCUCGUCGUCAUACUAUGGUGAAUUCUCAUUUGAUUAUCAGCCACUUAUACUGACAAAACAUUUUUAGGUUGUUUUGAAAGGCUGAGAAAGCACGUCUGUUCCACAUUAUCACACAUAGUUCAUGAUGAUCAGGAUUAUGUAAAGCUUAUUUUUGACCACUUUUUCAGUGAAGUGCCUAUAAACACAUUCCAGGUUCCCCGAAUCUUGUGCCUUCAUAUUUUUCUCUAUAAGAUGUAUUAUUGUCAUUAAACAGGACUGACACAUGAAAUGCAACUGUUGAAUGUAUUCUACAGCAGAUUUUGCUGUCACCACAGUAAUUUCUCAGUUUAUGGUUUAUUUUGUAAUGACAGAUUGCAGUUACAACCAAUAAAGUCUUUAUACUGAAUAUGUGAGUUGAUCUUUGAAGCUGUUGAAAUGUCACAUUUUACCAUUAUUCCCACACUAUACAUUAUCUCUGCUUAUGCAUACUAUUUCUGCUUGUGUAACUGUCAAGAUGACAUCAGGGCCACAAAUCUGAGACUGCUGGUCUCCCCCCAUCAAGACCUCAAAGAAGCCUUCAGCCGGUGUCUGUCUGAUCUCCUGGGAUUUGACUAUUCAUUCAGUUCAGACACAUAGCUCACAUGCAUACACACACACACAAAGUUCACACACGUAGCUAUAGACUUCACACAUCUCUUCACUGCAUCUGCAUAGAAAGUUCACGCCUGCAACUGUUUCUUUGUUAUUCCCUCUGCAGAAUGCUCUUCACUUGCUGUAUGAUUGUCUGACCUUCCCUGCAAGGAAUAAAGUUUACUUAAAAGAC